GGCAAUUAAACAAUUAAAAUGAAUUGCUACACUCCAUUUAAAAUACUUAUAAUUAGCACUUUGCUGUUUGAAGUCCAAAUGAUCAAAAUUGGCAUUUCACAACCAAUAAAUUCGACUAAUUAUAGUAAUGAGAUAUUAACCACUACAACAACAGUUACUACUAGUGCUAGUUCUACUGAUACUAAUACUGCUAUAACUAGUUCUGCUAAUACUAACUCCGUCACUACUAGUUCCACUACUAUUAACUCCAUCACUAGUUCUACUACUACAAUUGUGCCCACUGAGCAGACAAUAGCAGAAAAUAAUUUCUCUACUACAGUUCCCAUAACACAAACCCUACCCACAUUUCCACCGAAGAAAAGUAAAGAUCCUCCCACAACCACUACGAUUGCAACAUCAUUAAGCACAGCCCCGACACUGGUGUCUAGGGAGAAAGGCAAAGAAAUGGAUGCAAACAGUGAAACGAAACACAAAAUCGUGACAAUCAGACGUAAUAAUUAUGACUGCUUUUGUAAUUUGAGGAUCGAUGUAUGUGACAUGAAUUGCUGUUGUGAUAUUGAAUGUCCGGUUGAGGCCUUAGAAGUUUUCAGUUGUUUGAAGGAGCAACAGCAUUUCGAUACGCAAAAUACUCCAGAUAAUAUAUAUUACAAGCAUGGACUUCCCUUAUGCAGUGUUAAUAAUAGCUGGCUUUGUAUUUUUCGAGCGAAUUUGUUGUUCAACGUUAAGAAAAUUGACCAAGAGUUUGACAUUAAAGAAAGGCAUAAAUGGCCCAAUGUAUUAGAGCGUACGAUUGAACAAGAAACAAGACCGGUUGCUGCAUCUUUGAAAUAUGGAGAUGAAAUACAAAUUAUAAACCUUCUGGAUUAUGAAAUACGGAAUAUUUACAUAUCUGAAGGACUACCGUACUGUGAUUUUCAUUACCCUAUUCUGCAUCUGAGAACUUUAACUACAUCCUGCCUGCUUCGGAGUAUUGAAGAAAUGCAAGCGAAUAAAUACAAAAUUCAACAUAUCGCAAUGGAAAACAAUUUGUUAAGCAGGCCGUACUCGGAAAAAAUCACAAAUUUAGACCUCAUUUCAGAAGAUAUUAAGAUGUUGACUCUACGCAGAUGUGUUCGAGCGAGCUUUAAUAGCGUUGAAGAGAAAUGCGAGCAUCUUCUGUAUAAAAAUGUCACCAGUGAUGAAAAUAACAUUGCCAUAGCCUAUGUGUUUACUAUAUUACACAACUACACAAAUAUUCUGGGCGGAAAUAUUGACCUGAAGGAAAUUGAAGCCAGUAGCAUAAACGUCGAAACACGAUUUGAAUAUUGGCAAACGUACACUGUACAAUUUUUACCCGUAUCCGACUCUGCCACAACCAAAGACACCGCAAACAUUGACGACUUAUUAGAACAGCCCAUACACAUUGCAUCUGGUCCUUUGGGUUACUUAAUUGGUAAACCAGUAAUAAUUUCUCGUUAUAUCCCCAGAGAUGCCAACCAGGAAGCGAUCAAAAAUGACAAACUUAUAGAGUACUAUAAUUUCAAUUCCACCAACCCACAUAUGCAACACACACUCAGAUUGUUUACAACACAUAAGAAACAUUGUUCUAAGAACUUAGUGAAUCCAAGUUUUAUAAAUUUUGGUAUAAACACUAUGAAGGAAUGCAAUCUACUUUUUAAUAAAAAUUCGCUGUUUUACAUGAAAACGGAAAACUUUACUUUAUUAUGCAAUGAAAUACAAAAGGCUAUAUAUGCCAAAUUUUUCGAAGAAGACACCACGAACUUAUUGGAACUAUCGGAUAUCUUGAUAUCUCAGUAUGGUAAGCCAAGCAAGGAGAGCAAUAAGUGGUUACCUUUACAAGUACAAAAUGCCGAUGACAUCCCAAUUUUUGGUGAAUUCAAGGAACAGACGCAAUCCUUUGUUUGCCAUAACAUGAUCGUUAGUGCAGCUUAUGAAUUUCAAUACGAAGUCGUUAAUCUGUACAAUAUAAAAAACCAAGCGCUACUUAAACAUGCAGAAUUAAUUAUGGGACAGCGUUUGGAUUUAGAAUUCGCUCUUUAUGAAGCUUUGAUAGUACCGCUGACUGUGUCAGUCAUGUUCUUCGAUGUUAACGAGAUUGAUCAUUUCGCAAAUUCGCAAGGAACUUCGAGCUUUAUAAAUAGUAUUGCAUAUAAUUUUUAUUUACAUAGCUUAUUAUGUUAUAUCUUUCUUAAUUACACUUUUACAUCAAUACAUUAAAUUUGUAAAACAAGAACACAAAUGAAUUAAUUUAUAAUACAUAAAAUAUUUAAAUAAAUAAAAG